AUGUCUUCCUUUGCAGUGCCUCUUGUGUUGGCAACUCUAGUCUUCGGAGAUCUUACCCCUACCGCUCCUGGUCCGGGGGAGCGCUUCAUCGCUGGGUCUAACUGCACUAUCGAGUGGGACGCCGAUACUAGUGGGACAUGGACGAAUGUUACCAUCGCUUUGAUGUCCGGCGCCAACGACAACAUGACGUUCGUCGCUCCUGUGGCCUCCUCACUCGACGGUACCAAUGCGAGCUUGUCGCCUUAUUUAUGGACGUGCCCACAAGUGGAUCCUUAUUCUUCCAUAUACUUCUAUCAGUUCACGAAUGGCAAUGACAUCACCGACUCAAAAUGGACUACUCGUUUCACGAUUGCCUCGCCGUCCAAUUCGAGCGUGCCACCUCAAUACCCUCAGCAAUCGAACGGUGAUCCAAUUCCAUGGGGAGUCGGCGUUAUGGUGUCA